AUGGAGGAAAGAAAUGAAACGGCUGUGUCUGAGUUCAUCCUACUGGGAUUUUCCAGCCUUGGUGAGAAACUGAAGAUUUUUCUGUUCCUGAUUCUUCUCCUCACCUACCUGAUCACAGUGAUGGGCAACGUGGUCAUCAUUUUCAUAGUGUGGGUGGAUCAUCGACUCCACUCUCCCAUGUACUUUUUCAUUGCCAAUUUGUCCUUCUUGGAAAUCUGGUUCACCUCGGUCACAAGCCCUAAAAUGAUGCUGACCUUUCUCUCAGUCAGCAAAACCAUUUCAUUGAAUGGCUGCAUGGCCCAGACCUUCUUCUAUUUCACUCUUGGGGCUACGGAGUUCACCCUUUUAAUGGUCAUGUCCUUUGAUCACUAUGUUGCCAUCUGCCGCCCUUUGCAACAUGCCACCAUCAUGAAUCAGAGACUCUGCAUUCAGCUAGUCCUUGUUUCAUGGGUGGGAAGUUUCACAGUUAUAAGUGUACGGAUGGUCCUGAUUUCGAAGCUGAGAUUCUGUGGGCCAAAUGUGAUCAACCAUUUCUUUUGUGACAACACACCCCUUUUCCUACUGUCCUGCACUGACACCAGUGGGAUUAGGAGAGCAGACUCCAUUUUGAGCACAACUGUAGUGCUGAGUUCAUUAUGCUUGAUAAUGUUGUCAUAUGUGAGCAUCUUCUUCUCUAUUCUGCGAAUCCCAACAGUCACAGGCAAACAGAAAGCUUUUGCUACCUGUGGGUCCCAUCUCACAGCUUUGGCUGUCGUCUAUGGAAGCUGCAUUGUUUUGUAUGCCAGGCCUUCAGGAAGUUUCUCCUUGGAUGUCAACAAAGGGGUGGCUCUGCUGAACACCGUACUGUACCCUUUCCUCAACCCCUUUAUCUACAGCCUCAGAAACAAGACUGUGAAGCUUGCUCUGAGAGAAGCCUUUGGUUGGAGAACAGCAAAGUUGUUCCCCAACCUGUGA